AUGAACUUAGCAAAGAAAGCAGAGUGGAGUGAGAGAGAAAACAAGAGUCUAGUGAAGGACUGGAUUUCUUCAUCCUGCUGUGUGCCCUGGACGUCUGCCUCUGGAAACAUGGGGACUCUGAUCAACAAGCAGCCCCUGUUUCUGCUCUUCCUGCUGCUGAAGCCACUGCAGUUUGUGAGGAUAACUGAUCCAUAUUUAUCAGCUGAAAGACGAGAAGAAUUAGAAGACUAUCUAGAUGACUUAUAUGCUACAGGGCCUACCAAACCACCUACCAAGGAAACAUUCAAAACCCGUGUCAUUAUUGAUUCUGAAAUGCCGUUAACUGACCGAGAAUACUGCAAUCACGAAAUGAAGAUGAAACGUGUUCACAAUAGGCUUUACUGUGCUAAAGAGCAUUUCUUCCUCCAAGCAUCAUAUGACGACAUUCAAAAGAUCUGUUAUAACAUGUUUGUGCGAUGUAAAGAUGGGAUUAGGAAAUGUCACAGGAGCCGGAAAAUAAUAUCAGGAGUGCAUUGUGUUUUAACAAGUGGGGUCAUGAUGCCAUUUUGUGAAUACAUAUCGUCUUACAAGGAGGGAUGGGUCUUUAUCACUUGUCAAUGGGAAGAUAAUACUGGAGAAAUUAUCCCUGUGUCUGUAACUGAUAUUUUGGGCAUAUAA